GCUCUACGUCCUCAUGAUACAUAUACAUGUACUGGCUGUUUGCCUUCCUUAUCACUUUUCUUUUUGCUCCUUACCAAUAUAUAUAGUGCUUACUUUUUGAAUUCAUAAUAUUUGUUCUCUCUAUGCUUGGUAUCCAUAUAAUAUUUUUCUCUUUGCCAUUUACAGCACUUUGUCAAUAAUUUCAGAAUUCUGGCAGUACUUGGUUUUACUUUUGUGACCCUAUAAUGCUGUUUUCUACUAAAUGGAACAUCCAUUUUGUGGUGAAAGCACCCCUGGGUAGUAACUUAGGAUGUCCCUGGGGCUGACCUGAGUUCAACUUUGCACCUAUUCAUGCUUGUUUCCUCAAACCAUACUUACGUACCUCACCCAGGGGUGCAACCUCAUUUCUCAUUUAAACAAGUCAGUCAUUGGGUUGAGCACUUCCCAACACAUUCUCUGUAACUACCUGACAUUGUAGCCUCUCUAUCAUAACAUUUACCAAACAAUACAUGCUACUUGUUGAUAUUCAUUAUAUUUACAUCCAAGCAUGUCAGCCAUUGCCAUAGUUUCUACUUAUGUAGCCCAUGCACUGCUGUUGAACACUCCUUCUCUGAUUUCAUAAUCUUGUACUGUCUUAUAGCCUUUUCUUAAACACUGAAACUUCAUUUCAAUUUUCAACAUGUGAUGAUCUUCAUGUGAUGACAUCUGUCUUCUGUUCUAGAAUUUGCUCAUGAAAUGGCCCUAAAAAACAAUCACCACCACGCUCUGUUCUCAUUGACUCUGAUGAUCCCAUUUUGUAUUCUUUGUACAUUUCUUGACCAGUAAAAGAUAUUUUCGACACAUCAAAUGGCUGACACAAUGCAGUUUCACAUUUGCUGGUUAAUGGAAUAAACUUCAAACUGACUCGCUGCAUGUAGCAUCCGUCAUUUUUUCUAUCAUUUUCACAGUGUUCCACUACCUGUACAGAACUUCUCAAACAUAGACUACGACCUCUGAUAUUAUCUUCAUCAUAACUGACAUAAGUAUCUAUCAAGACAGAAAAAACCUGUAAUAUGAACUGCUUAUUCUCAUAAAUAUCCAUUACGUGUAUUUUCGAAUAUCCCAACAAAAUCUCCACACACUGUGUCAUGACUAUAUGUAUAUAUAUGGACAUGUACACCCUUAUGCCGACAUUUUUUCUGUCACUAUCUUGCUAACUACAAUAUGAAUCAAAGAAGUAGAACAGUCUAUCUUGCGGUACUGAAAAUGUUUUCCCAUGAAAAGUUUUUGAACAGGCACAGUAUUUCUGAAGUGUCUGCUCAGCCUGCACUACUCAUUGGACCAUGGAGCCAUGAUUGGACUAAUGUUAAAUUUGACCAAACUCCUCUCCCCCUCCAAAUGUCCCAGAAACCCCAGAAUCUAUCAAUUAAAUCGAGGUGGUUAUUAUAACCACCUUGAUGAAAGCUUCUCUGAACAACCCAAAUGUCAUGUUAGCAUUAUAAAGGAACACCUGAUAGUAAUAUAUAACUUGUUUUGAGGAUUUACAUGUAUCUCAUCAUCAGUAUAAUUUUCUAUUAUUGUGUUCAUAUUUAUUUUUGUAUUUGAUUCUUUCACUUGUAAUUUUUGAUACUUUUCAAAGUCAGCUGUGCUCAUGAAGUUGGGCAUGCCCAACCCAGUAAGUUGACACUGGACAAAGUUUGGCCGUGAUUAAAAUUAAUGUGUAAUGUAUGUAACAAUCCGCUGAUGUUAUCUCCAAGAAAUCAAUCAUGAUAGUUUUUAUCCUCAGACAAUUUGGGCCAAGAAAAACUUUGAUGCCUUUGUAUAUAUGAGUUCAUCUGUCGGUUUGUGUGCCUUUGUGUGUGAUGUGGACAAUUUAAUUAUUAAGUGCCUUUGAAAAAUAGGAUGUCAUGACAACAAAUCACCUUCGGUAUAGGGUUGGAUUCAAUUUUGUGUGUUGGAGAUGUGUUGUUAAAAAAAGUAAUGAUAGCUAAAUGUUUGUUGAGCAUUGUAGUAAUUUGUCUCCUUUCAGCCCUUUCGUAAUAAAUACCCAUGAACUGUGAACACCAUGCUUUAUUGUGUGUUUUCUGGUUUAUGUAGCUUAGCUGAACAAUGGUUUUUCCUGAAUCGUUGGAAAUGUGCUGUUUAUAGAGAUUUUUAUUGUUGCGUUUUGACUCCUAGAAAUCUCCAUUGACUCCUUGAAAUCUACAUUGAGGCUUGCCCCUGUUCGUCCAUUUGCUUGAAAUGCUAUGUUAUAUAAAUGUGUAGUACAGGUUUAUGCUGUAUGUGAAACUACGAAUGCAUUAUUGAGGCUCAUGAUCCAUCAGCACGGCAUCUUUACGCCCGACUGAAUCUCCCAAACACUGGAUUUCCCAGAACCAUUUCUGGGCCAUCACGGCUGCGUUGUGUGAGCAUGCAGCACUGCAGUUUAUGAAAUAAGGUAUGGAUGAUAUGUAAGCGACCAUUUGCACUUUGCCGCAAGUGUUCGGAAUUCCCUUGCAUAGUUGGUGUAUAAACCGUGCUUGCACUGAAUGUAUGCUCAUCACAGUCAAAGUGGAUUGGCAAUGGACUGCAUUUGGAUAAUCAUACUGAUAUCCGUUGUUUGGACUUGCUAUUGCACCAGUCGCCGGCCAAGUCCUUUUGCAAUCAAUAAAGAAACGGGAUGUCCUUACUACUCCAAGCGUUACAUUGACACCUGCUACUCAGUGCAGGCAGCCGUUGGGGAAGAGAUGGGUCUCAACUUUACUGAGGCCAGAGCAACGUGUUUCCGUAUUGGAAUGGACCUGGUGUCAUGGCAGAGCACAGAUGAAUUGGAUUUCAUACAGUCCACAAUCAGACACUUUGAUUACAACAUGACGGGAACACGUGAUAUUGCUACUCAACUGCCAAAUGACAUCAAAGUGUGGACAGGCCUGCAGCUUACCUCCGAGAACUUUUCGUGGGUGAACAAGAAAGUCUUCAACAGCAGUGCCCUGUCUGGUAUUUCUGUGAUUGGUUUGGAUUCAAAUCCCCUGUUACCAGCACCUGUGCUCCUCCAACGUGAAAGCAACCUAUGGACUCUUGUCACUUCCAAUGAUACUUACAUGUACAUUGAGGCCAAUGCAGCCGUCUGUAGCGCAAAGAAAGUUUUAAGCGCCUACUAUGAUGCCCUUCUCUAUUUCCCAAUGGACAUGUUGAGUUACCCAGAUGCAACCGGGGACAGACUGACCUUUGAUGUUGCUUCAUUCCAGUUGAUGGGCACAGUUCCAAGUGUUGUCAAGUUUCAACAAACCAGCAAGGGUGGUGGUUUAUUCAUAAAUGACUUUCAGAUGCAAUUCUUGAAUUUAGAUGGAAACAUGUGUCUGUCUAACCUUGCCAAGUGCCAGAAUAGUGGUUUUGCCAUGUCUUUCUGGAUGAUGCUUCUCCCACCUAUCCGAGCUCCGUAUUGGAUUGUCAUUUCUAGAGAUGUAGGUGUUACACUUGAAAAUGAUUAUUCCUUGAGAUGUGACAUCGUCAAUGGGAGCCAUCAGUGGAAUGCAAAUGUGGGAUUUGGUCAUUCAUUAAUUAAUAAGGAACUUCUUGUCUACAUAAACUGGGAACCAAAUACUGUAAAAGGGCUAGAGAUAAAGAUAUAUGUGAAUACGGGUGUUUUAACGUCAGGUGCGUUCAAUCUCUAUUUGAGUUCGAUAAUGUUUGCAGGACCCCAGCUUCUUCUUGGAAACACUAUUUCUAGGAUGCUAAUUGAAGAGUUUGCAGUCUGGAAUCGGGCCCUUUCAUUGGCUGAACAGCAGCUAAUAUUUUAUGGAUCCAACCAAUCUGAAGAGACCACAACUGAAGCAUGGACAACAGGGUAUAACAGUACCAGUGUAUCUAAUUCUACAACUCCAACACCAAUCUCGCUGGAAGAGCUGUUAAACAGGACACUUGUCAACAUCAGCCUGGAGGAAGGUGAGGAGAUUUUCGAACAGGCACAAAGCAUCUUGAAUCGCGGAGGCGAGAUUGACCAACCGGGGGAGCUGGUGUCAUUAGUUAACAUUUACUCAACAGUUGGCAAUGUGGACGCACUGCAGAAUGCUACCUUGGAAAGCUCAAAGUCAUUUGUGCAGGCAGGCGUGUCCGUAGCGAAUUCCCUUCUGAAGGAGGAGUACACAAACCUCUAUAAAAAGACCAGUUUCCAUGGCAUGACAAGCUCCCCAGCCGGCAAAAUUGCAAAUACCACCGAGCAUCUGAUGAUGUCCCUUGCUGAUAAGAUACUGACAAAUGAUGGGGAGUCCUUCUCUUCCAGCAGUGAUAAUAUUGCCACAGCAGUCAAGAGGUGGGAUGGGAAUUCUUCAAAGUUGAUGGUCCCGGAGAGCGACAGUUUCACUGAUGAUGUUGCCACCAGAGCUUUUGUACCAAUGGAACUAUUUGAGAAUGAGUUGAACUCUGCAGUCGUGUCCAUUCUGUACCGCAACUUGGACGGGGUUAUUGGAUCUUCAUCUAGUUCAGAUGUGAAAAUGAUGUUUUCCCACACUGAAAGCAUUAUUAGCAAUUCUUCAGCUAAGAUUGCUGUUUUGAGUAGAGUCCUCAGUGUCUCAAUUACACCUCAACCAGAUGACAGCGUCUUCACACAGAAACCUGUCUCUAUGGAGUUUGAGACCCACAUUCGUAAGUUAAACAGAGAUGUUGAUUUGGACCCAGCUGUAUGUGUUUACUGGGACACAAAGAAUUCCUCUGGAGGUAGGUGGUCCUCCAAGGGAUGUAAUCUCACCACUCACACCGCCAACUACGUCACAUGCUCCUGCAGUCAUCUCACCAGCUUUGCUGUCCUGACGCAAGUCAAGGACAUAGAGAUAUCUGAAACCAAUCAGAGAGCACUGGAGAUUGCAUCCUACAUCGGCUGCAGUUUGUCGGUAGCUGGUGUCAUCCUGUUGGUUGCAACAUUUAUUUUCUUAAACAUCAAGACAGAACGUGUGUUGGUCCACAUCAACUUAGCCAUUGCUGUUGGCCUGGCUCGCAUUACGUUUCUAUUCUUAGACGUCCCUGCUAAGCACAGUGAUGCAUGCAUAGCAGUUGCCAUGGGGAUCUACUACACCAACCAGGCCAGUUUCUUCUGGAUGUUGGUUGAAGGUAUUCACCUCUACCUACAGGUUGUGGUGGUGUUCAAUAUUGAGAGGAGCAGGCUCAAGUUGUACAUGAUUUUUGCAUGGGGCGUUCCAAUCAUUUUGGCAGCAGUCACAGUGGGGGUAUUCUCAAAGAGCAUUCGCAAAUCGAACACAUGCUGGCUGCAGUCGUCCGAUAACUCCAUUUGGAUGUUUGUGGCACCCAUGCUGGCUAUUGUAGUUAUCAAUACCUGCAUCCUUGUGCGUGUUGUCAGCUUGAUCAGGAAACUCUCUUCUGCGAAUGCAACAAGUGGACUGAACCAGGCUAAACAAGUAGCCAAAGCUACCUUGAUGCUGCAGCCAGUGCUGGGGCUGACUUGGGUAUUUGGCAUGUUGAGCCUCUCUUCAGACCUUACAGUAUUCCUGUAUCUCUUCACAAUUCUCAACUCACUUCAGGGGUUGUUUCUUUUCCUGUUCUACUGCGUUUUAAACUCGGAGGUCCAAGAGGUUUUCAAACGCCGCAAGGCAAACUGGGACGUCCAUUCCUCCAAAGUGGUACCACUUAAGGAAUCCAACAGGUCAACUAUGAGUACAAACAAGAGCAGCGGGAAAACAAUGGAAUCAUUUUUCCCAACUGUGGAGGACGUACAUGAUUAAAGUGUCUCUCUAUGAAAGGAACAGAGAGUGUUCAUCAUUUACCUGCUAUAAACUUGAUACUUCUAGAAAAAGUUUGGAGUAGAAUAAUAUGUGAUCUCUUUGCAUGUCAAGGUGGCCAUGCAGUGAAGUUUUCUUAAAUACACUUUUUGUGCAACUUUAUGCUUUGCUUCAAAUGAAUGAAAACUAUUGGAAAUUGCACCUGUUAAAUUUAGACAUUCAAAAUUGUUUGUACUUUUCCAGACAUCUGAGGGCACUGUUCCUGUGAUGUCAUUCAGGAAAUUAGCAAUAUUUAAUUUCAUUACAUUGUAUUUUUGUUCACAUUGUGAACCCAACAUUAGCACAUUAAGAACAGAUCAUGGGAAGGGUAUGUUUCAUGUUGGCAUUUGCCAAAACCCUCAAAAAUGUACGUGCUGAAAAAGGCAAAAUAAAAGUUCAAAAUAAGGUUGAGUGAAAAACACAGAUGUGUUUUCAAGCAUAAUAGUAGAAACAAUUGCAUUGUAUGGACCUUUUAAAUACAUUUCAUGAACUAACAUUGAAAGGAAGACAUUGUUUUGUAACACUUCUAAUGUUUUAAUGUGUAUUCAACUUCAAUAGUUAUCUUAUGAUGGUGCCUUAAUGGAGCAUUGAAGUAGAAUUGCUUUAAUAGAAUAUAACUGCACUUUUUUUCACCCCACCUUGCACAACACCUGUUAUCACAUGUACCGUGGAAAUGUGGAAAAUCAUAUAAAAUCUUGUAGCAAAUUUGAAGUGGAAAUGUGUUGGUUGUGGCACUCAGAUCAUAUGCAAAGAAGAGACAGGUUUGUGGGAAUGUAGCCAGUUGAAACUUGUUUAGCGUGUCAACAAAAAUAGGUUUGACAUGUAUCCAUGUUCAUCAAAGACAGUUGAAAAUUAUGUGAUAUUUUGUACAAGUCUCUGCAAGUAAUUAGUGCAGCUCCCUUUGAUUGUUGUUGUUGCCUUGUAAAGGCGUUUUUUAGUUUCUGCACAUAUUGGCUAUACUGUGGUACCAAAUACUAGUUGUUACACGUACAAUUUAGUGAAUAAUCCUGACAAUUUAAAGGAAUUCAGUUCUAAAAACCAGUUCUGAAAGUAGGUUAGGGUUGUAUGUAACACUGAAUGUGUGUAUCUGAGCUAGUUAAAUGAGUAUUGGAAUUGAGUACUUGUAUCUGCACUUUGUGCACUAGUUUUUCUUAACAACACACCUGCCCGCACUCUAAUUCAUCAUAGUAAGAUAAUACCACUGUUAAUAACAAAUUUCAACUCACUUAUUCCUUAAAUAUAUGAUGCGUCAUUCACUGUGUGGAUAUUUCUGUCCUUCUUUGUGCUUUCUUGGACUUUGUAAGCCCUUUUGUGUGUGUGUGUACAUUGCAAUAUUGUUUAGUUGUAAAAGGAAAUCCAGUAAAUCAGGCACAUGGGUGUAAUGGGAGGAGACUAACUUGGAGUGCUUUGCAUCCCUACUUAAAAGUUGAAAAAAAUAAAAUAGGGAGAAAAAAUAAAAGGAAUGAAGAAAGCAAGAGAAAAGCAGAUGAAAAUCACCAAAUUGUAUGAAAGUAACUCGGAAUCGACCCCGAGCUUUCUACUGUUAAUUGUCAGUUUGCUGCCUAAGAGUGUUUUCCCCCCCCCCACCUUUGGAAAGAGAACUAUCCCCUCUCUGGUGAUGUCUGUGGUCAGGCAUGAUGCAAAGCAUUUUGAAAAUGUUAGAUUUAUAGAAAGCAGCUGUCAUCAGCAUUAGAGUGGGGCUUUUUAUUCUUAUCCUCAAUAUAUGCAAGUCAAAUGUUUGACUCCCGGUCUGCAGUAUCAACUUGAAA